AUGAAUGCUCCAAAACCAGCGUCCCGAGGCCGAACCAAGGUGAAGACGGGCUGCGCAACAUGCCGAAUCAGAAAGAUCAAGUGCGACGAAGCUAAGCCCUUCUGUGAGAAGUGUGUCAAGACUGGUCGGAAAUGCGACGGUUAUGAGUCUGUCUUUAGACCCUUCUCCAGCCAGGUUCCCAGCACACCGCAGCCGAUCGGCAAGCCAGAUGCUGCAGCUUCAGGGCAUAAUAACGUUGUGGGAGAACCUCCACUGAGUACGGGCGACCUCAAUCGUUAUUUCUCGACUAAGACGAUAUUCGACGUUGAGCUGAGCUGCAAUGAGGAAGCAGAGCAAGUCCUCGAAGCUAGCUUGACUAACGAUUCAAUACGCCAUGCUCUGCUGUCUCUCAGGGCCCUUCGUGGAAAUCUCGAGUCAAAGAAAGAAGGAGACGGAUUUGAGACCGACGAGCAGCAGAGAUUGAGCUACAACUUCGGCCUGCAACAGUAUAGCAAGGCUUUAACGAGUCUUGCAUCCAAUCUCGCGUACCCUAGCCCCGACAGUUUGAAGUCCGCACUCCUUUGUUGUCAAGUCCUGAUCAGCGUUGAGCAAGUCCGGGGGAACUUUGCUGCCAUGGGACUGCAUAUAAUUCGUGGACUGAACAUCCUGCGCGAGUACCGCGCCAGACCGUACCUCACCGUGAAUGGCCUGAUGCCACCACGUCACAGUGGUCUGCCUUCCUUGGACAUCUUUAUUAUAAAGUUGUUCGCUGCGCCUUGCAAGUUCACAGAACAGCAACCCUCAGAAUCUUCGAGCAUAAUGACGCCGCCGGUUGAGACGAGGAGCGAUCGAAAAUUGGCGCCAAACAUGCGAGCGGAACUUACAAAAGUCGCGACGUCAACUAUUGCGCUUCUUGAAAGAGUUACAAAAAUCCAAUCGGACGAACAGGCUCAUCCACUUCUUUCCGAAAAACAGGACCUACUCGAUGGCUUGGACUCAUGGCUUGGUGCUCUUGAAAGUCUUCAGAAGAAGACGCAACCAGGAGAGCCUGAGUCAAUCUCCGACAACUUCUUGCGCAUUUUGUAUUUAAGCUUGAAGAUCAUUCUUCUGGGAACUUUAGAGACUUCACCAAAUCUUGAUGCCAGGCUUAGGGAGGAUAGCAAGCAACUGCAAGAGUUGGCGAAUCUCGUCAACAAACGACUGAAGAACUAUGAUAUGCGACGGGGAAUUGAUAGUAGCUUAGCAGAGUAA